UUCUCCUCUUAAGAGAAUGCGGGUUGUUUAGACAAACACCAUUCCUCUGCCACAUAGACCUACGAGGAAACUGAAAGGAGUGUCAUUGACGAGAAAGAAAGAAAAAAAGUUCAGUAUUUAACACAAACAAGGGUGUGAAACUUUGUAACUGAUAUUGUUACUGACUCGAUCACGGACAAGUUGCAGGAUGUCUCUGGCAGUGCCUCAUGGCGAGGGGGUGACAGUGAUCACCAACACCUCAAACCCAAAAAGCAAAUGGCCGAUAGUGUGUCAGAUCCUGGGCUCUUUGUGCCAGAGUCCAGUGUGUGCUGUAUCACAGCAUGUGAAAGCGAAGAUGAUGGGCAUCUAUAUGGCACUUGGGAUUAUGCAGAUUAUAGUAGGACUUCUCAAUCUAAUGACAGGGAUUUUAUUUAUGAGCUCUGGAAUACACGAUUACAUUAUGGAGUCUAAUGCUCCAUUCUGGCUUUGUGGUGUGUUCCUUGUAGUUGGAGUGGUGUCUAUUGUUGCAGCUUGGUUUCCCAGCUAUUUUAUGCUGCUCGUCACUGUAGUGUUGAACAAAGUCAGUGCUGUGCUGGCUAUGAUAGGCCUUGCACUGUACGCAUGGGACUUAGUGAGCUUUAAGGCUUUUAUGCUCUAUGACGAAAAGAACUAUGACAAGAUGAUCCGUGAAACACUGGAUAUCACUAUGAUGAUCUUUUCAGCUCUUCAACUCUGUGUGACCCUCAGUUUCUCUGUCUUGACUCUGAAAGAAUUGUGUGAAACAAAUUCUGUGGAGGACCCUCAACUUUACAAACCACUCAAAGAAGACGCCACUGUCAGUCAUGUAUGUUAGAUGAACAAUGUAACAAAUUGAAUAUACACUGUUAAUUGAACUAGUUUUGUGAUUAUAGAAAAAAAAUUCUCUCUUGUGAAAUAGCAAAUAUCCUCUAUCUCCACCUCCACAAUCAUCAUGGUGCAUGUUUAUUUUAGUUCUUGAUUACUUUAUUUUAUUUUUUUCCUUUACAGCUGCUUUUUGAAGAUAAUGACUAGAAUUAAAAUUACAUUUUGAUGCAUUUUUAACACGGAGUUUGAAUUCUUUAUACGUUCAGUUCAUUUAAAGUCUUAAAGUCUUAAUUUCUCAGAAUUUACCUUCAUCAAAGCUUUUUUAGGGAGUCUUAGCCUUAGAUGCAAUAGAUUGCCUGAAGACUGUAUACAGAGCAUUUACUGCAUAUUGGGCAAAAAGAUAAUAAUAAAUAAAAAAUAUUUAAUCAGAUUACUUGACUAUUUACACCAUAUCUGGCAUCAUGCAAUAGGUUUCCUCUUCUCAACACAACUUGUUUAUUCUGUGAUGCAUGUUUAUGCAGAGAAACAAUUUACCUUGAACAAACAAAAGUCAUUUCAGCUGUCAUAAAUAGCAAUAAAACAACCUAGUGAUGUGGAACUUGUUUAGCUACUUGUAGCAUCUAUGUGUUUUCUGAAAGCAUAACUGAGCAAAUGAACACCAUAUACGUAUUUUACCCUGAUAUCCAUAGUUUCAUUCAUUUUCAAAGGAUUUUGAAGAGGAGGUUAGUGAGAGGGUUUCUUAGGGUUUGUAAGAGUAAUGUCAUAGGUUAUUCAUAUGUAGAAUUUUAUACAAGAAACAAUGAAACUAAGUGAUAUUAGCAGAAUGUAUUCAAUAAACUACUAAAGAAAAAUG